AUGGGAAAUCGCUUUCACCGAUCAGCUGUUCCAUCCUAUCGUGGUGGUGGGAAUAACUGGACGUCACCCAGAAUAGCUGUUGGUAAAAACCAGCCACUGAAACGCGGCACAACACGGUGGUGCAGCUCCCAGCCCAUCUACCAUUCUCAGCUAAAGCAGAAACGUGAUGAGUUCUGGGACACCGCACCGGCUUUUGAGGGACGUCAAGAGAUUUGGGACGCCCUGCGCUCCGCCGCGGAGGCUGCGGAACGUGGUGACCACGAGAUGGCUCAGGCCAUCAUCGACAGCGCCAACAUAAUUCUCCCCACUGGAACCUUGUCGGAGAGCUACGAUGAGCUAGGCAAUCGCUAUCAGCUUCCGGUGUUCGUACUUUCCCAACCCACCAACUUGGAACCCGACCCCAGUGGAGCUGGAAGCUCCGGUGAUCAGAUUCUCUCUUCCUCUUACUCCUCUGUCGUUCCCGCCGGUGCCACCUUCGCCAACACCCUCGACGCCACAGGUGACGACGAAGACGACGAGGGUGUCACUGUAGUCAGCCUCCUCUCACCCCAUGCCCCCGUAACUUCCACCACCACUGUUGUCAGCGCUGUCGCCCCUUCCUCCGCCCCUACCGAGGCAAUCUCCGCCUCCCCUUCCCCUUCCUCGCGUGGUGCAUCCCAUCCCUUCCGCCGUCUUUUUCACCCCCGUCGACGAAGGGCGCACUCAUUAAGCAAAAAAAUGCGUCGGAAGUACGGUGGUCGACGCUCAUCUCACUCUACUCUCUUCCCCUCCCCUUUUACCGCCUCCUCAUCCUCCACUUCCGCAGCCCCACGUCCUUUCGAUCUCCGAAUGCGCCUCUCCACGGGAGAUGAGUAUUCCCUACCUGUAACGAGCAACCAAUCGGUGCUCGAGGCAAAACGGCGUCUUGCUACACUAAUUGGUUGGCCGCCCGAUCGCCAGCGAUGGUAUUGCGGUGGGGUGGCACUGCGCGAUGCGCUCCGCAUUGCCGAUUGCCCUCCAAGCAUUGCUCCGCCAUUAAGUUUCGUGGUGCAGGUGGUGGUACAUUCGCCCUUAGAGCCGGAGUCUACGUGGGCUCACCAGAAUCGGGAGGCGAAGCACACUAAUGAUCUGUCCAUCUAUCUACCUGCCAUCCAUUUUUCCAUCCACAAUACCCUUGUGCCAGAUGCUGCAAAAAAAACCUCAAUCCGUCCUAGUCUCGAUAGCAAGGUCGUUCUAAGUCUUAAGUCAGAGUUCAAUAUCUCCAACGUUUCCUCAAAUACCUUCAUAGUAUCAAAAUACUUUUGCGGCCUUCCAGUUCCCAGGGAUGCUGAAGGUGCUUAUUUCGAGGGAGAGAGAGAAAGGUCGGAUCUCAUUGGAGCCAUUGUCCUCUUAAAAGGUGUUUCUUCUCUUACUGUUCCGAUUUACAAUCGCUCCGUACUUUCCGGUGGAAAUACCUCCGUUUCUCCAGUUGAUUAUGACGUCUACGCAUCGGUGUUUUGUGCAAAGAAGUUAAUUUCGAAUCUGUCCAAUCCCAAGAUAUCGCGGUUCAUGAGAUUUUUGGAGCGUGUCGUUUCAUUGCCCCUCAGUCCAACCGAGAAGACCGCCUUCCACGCGCCUAGCUUUUGCACUGCACGCGCAGUCUCCGGCACUGGUGGCGAUCCGACGGGCCACUCGUUGGUGCGAGCUUUUGCGGUGGCCAGUCAAGUGGCCACCGCCUACAUGGAAUCCAUCGCUGUCCCCGGCGGUGGUAAUGGCUGGAAACAUUUCAUGUCUGAUCCGCACAACAUCACAUCUUACCUGUGUUUGGGGAAGGGGGCGAGUUUUGUUUUGGAAUGUCAUGACCCUUGUGUCAGAUUUCCUUCCCUUUUGGGACUAAUCAAAAGUACCGAUAUCAUGUUGUCUACUACUAAUGUCUUUGAAAAUGGGAAAUCGCUCCGGCGCUAUAGUUGGCUGGAGGAAUGGAAAAAUCCACGAUUUUGCGUUCCCACAGAUACUUUCUCCUGCACUUGUCCACGCCUGCUGCUGGUGCACUCGAUGGCACAACGUCGUCGUGCUGCCCUGAUGACCACUCUACGUAAAGAGGCGACCAGUGUGCACUCCGCGCUGCCGUCUCUUCUCCACACACCUACCUCCACCGAGGCUAACAACCCGGAGCAUCCGGACUGGCCGCACCGAGUGCUGGCGCUGCUCUCGGAGGCGCUAUGUAACCGAUUUGUACCUCUCCCAGCUUCCAACGGGCAGGCGACAUUGAUCUGCGACCACCAGCAGAGCCAAAAGCAACAGGGCUGUGUCCCAGAGGCGUUAGUGCAACGACUGUGGAAGAUAACUUCGUAUGUGGAGACGGUUUUGCGUUCAUCACCAGCUCAGCAAGAAUACGCAAAACUUUCCUCCUAUCCAUUCCUUCGAAUAGUUGAACAGGAGCUAGCUAAAGUCUCGACCAAAGGUGCCAAUCAUACCACUCCCUGGCUGCAUAUCUAUGUUGGACAGCCAGACUCCAUCGCCCUUCUUCUCCACGCACUGAAUAUCACCGUCGGUUCGACUGAUCAGCAGCGUGCUGUGGGUCGUCUGGUCAUGGAGGUGUUACGCGGUGAGCCACCGCGACUGCGUUUCAUCCUCGAUGGAGUGGACAUUAGUGAGGCUCUGAAGCCUCUUGGACUGUGUCACGGGCAGCCACCUAUAUGCACCUCGACGAGCUUUCUGGCCUUCCUUAGGGGACCCACAUUUUGGGGUUCCUCGAUUCGUACUGCCCUCAAAUCCUCUGAGGCUGCGUAUAUUGCACUCUGUGCUUCUCCUGACUUCAGGACAACGAUUUGA